AGAAAGCUGCAGGACUACCAGAUCUCUGGUGGAGUGUGUUUCUCGAAAUCAUCACCACCAUGGACAACAAAGGGUCAUCACAGAAAGGGUCGCUCUUGUUCCUGCUGCUGCUGGUGUCAAAUCUGCUCUUGUGCAAGAGCGUGGCCUCCCUGCCCAUCUGUCCCAGCGGGGCUGUCAACUGCCAGGUGUCCCUUCGAGACCUGUUUGACCGCGCAGUCAUCCUGUCCCACUACAUCCAUAACCUCUCCUCGGAAAUGUUCAAUGAGUUUGACAAACGGUAUGCCCAGGGCAGAGGAUUCAUGACCAAAGCCAUCAAUAGUUGCCACACCUCUUCUCUCUCCACCCCUGAAGACAAAGAGCAAGCCCAACAGAUCCAUCACGAAGACCUUCUGAACCUGGUACUCAGAGUGCUGCGCUCCUGGAAUGACCCCCUGUACCAUCUAGUCACAGAAGUGCGGGGUAUGCAAGAGGCCCCAGACGCUAUCCUCUCAAAAGCCAUAGAGAUUGAAGAACAGAACAAACGACUUCUAGAAGGCAUGGAGAAGAUAGUCGGCCAGGUUCAUCCUGGAGUCAAGGAAAAUGAGAUCUACUCUGUGUGGUCUGGACUUCCAUCCCUGCAGAUGGCUGAUGAAGACACUCGCCUUUUUGCUUUUUAUAACCUGCUCCACUGCCUACGCAGGGAUUCACAUAAGAUCGACAAUUAUCUCAAGCUCCUCAAGUGCCGAAUCAUCUACGACAGCAACUGCUAAGCCCACAUCCAUUCCGUCCAUUUCUGAGACAGUUCCUAAUGAUCCAUCCCAUAGAAACCUUCUUUUAGUUUUAUAGCUUCCUAAUGCAUGCUUAGCUGUAAUGGGUCUCAUCUCAAAAAAUAAAAAUGGACUCUGUAGAGAUGUCAAAAUCUAAA